UAUUUCCUUACUUAAAAAAAUUAAUUAAUCAUGGCCAUGUUGCCACUAUUGUUGCUUAUGUUGUGUGUUUCUCAUAACAAUGGAGUUCACUCCUUGGAAGAGAGGAUGAUGCUCCACCACGUUCAAAGGUUCCGGCGGCAGCCGCACUCGCAGCAACAGGCUAGUAUUCGGGGAUGCAUCCUCCCGGACUCAAGACGGCUAAACGGGGCGAUCAUAUUAGAAAUGAAGGAGCAAAAAGAGUGUCCACCACCAGAAGAAAUGAAAAUUGAUUAUUGGAAAAAAAGGAUGAUGCUUGAUGAUCUUCGUGUUCGUUCCAUGCAAAACAUGUUUGAAAGAAUGGCGUCAUUGUCUAGUAGUAACCAAAACUGGUUAUUAGAAGCUUCAAUAAAAUCCCAAAUUCCAUUGAAUCUUGGUCAAAACUUUGACAUAUUAAACUAUGUAGUGACUUUAGAAUUAGGUAACCAAAAAAGAACAAUGAUAGUUGACACCGGAAGUGACCUAUCAUGGGUCCAAUGUGAACCAUGCAAAUCAUGUUACAAUCAAAAGGAAUCUUUGUUCAAACCAUCUACCUCUCCUUCAUACCAAUCAGUUCCUUGCAAUUCAAAACCAUGUCAAUCUCUACAAUUUGCAAACCAAAGAAUGUGUAAAAGUGCCACAACAUGUGACUAUGUUGUUAACUAUGGUGAUGGUUCCAUUAGCAUUGGUGAACUAGGUAGUGAAAACCUUACCCUAGGAGACAUGUCAUUGAACAAUAUUGUGUUUGGUUGUGGUAGGGAAAAUAAGGGCAUGUUUGGUUAUACAUCUGGUGUUUUAGGGUUAGGAAGAGGUGCUUUAUCAUUGGUGUCUCAAGGUAGGGAUAAUUUUGGAGGAGUAUUCUCUUAUUGUUUGCCAUCACCAAUGGCUGGAGAAACUUCUGGAUCUUUGGUUUUUGGUGAUGAGUCUUCAGCUUUCAAGAAUCUCACUCCCAUUGCUUACACCAAUAUGCUUCAAAACCCUCUCUUACCAAAUCAUUACAUGCUCAAUCUCAUUUCCAUGGAGGUUGGUGAAGUAGGUUUUCGCAUUGUUGAUGGACGCCAAGUUAUAAUUGAUUCAGGAACAGUGAUUACAAGGUUGCCUCCAUCAAUUUACAACGCAUUGAAGGGAGGAUUCUUGAGACAAUUUCAAGGUUACCCUCAAGUUCCUGGGGUUGCAAUCCUUGACACAUGUUUUGAUCUAACCGGGAUUCAACAAGUGAAAGUGCCUAUCAUAAAAAUGUACUUUGAGGGUGAUAAUCAUGCUAAGCUUAACGUGGAUCCAUCUGGAACAUUGAUCAUGAUUGAUGAGGGUGAUGGUGCUUCAAAAUCAAAAGUUUGUCUCCCAUUUGCAAGCCUUUCUUAUGAACAUGAAGUUCCCAUAAUUGGAAAUCUUCAGCAGAGGAAUAAUAGGGUCAUAUAUGAUUCCAAACUAUCUAGGGUGGGUUUUGCAAAAGAAGAAUGCACUUUCUCUGGCCUCGUAUCUUAACUUACUCGUAAAAAUUCAGGUGCAGUUAACUUCAUCUGAAGUUGAUAACUGACAGUUGUUAGAUGAUAAUUUAGUUAAACAUGUCAAAUUAUUUAACGAUUUUUAGCUAUCAACUCCACAUAAAGUUAUAUGCACUUGUGUAUCCACCUUAAUUUUAUGUUAUAAGGAAAAGAUGUGACAAUAUUAAGUGUGUUAAUUUUAUUUCGUGCA